ACUUUAGUUAACAUGGACGAUGGAGCCAUCUUGGCGGCCCAAGGCACCAACUCCGACAUCCCUUGAGGAAACCUCUCUGCCUGCAUCAGUUCUCCUUUGUUUCAACACUUGACAUGCGUACUGCCGGCUUUAUCUGAACGGCAGCCAAAUCCACCUACUCUUUCAGAACAGUUCAAUUCCCAGCGGUUACAAUCCCCAGCCCAAGCUGAUGUGCCUCCAGCCGCCGACGUCCGAACUAAACCACUAGGUAUUACCCCACACAGCCCGCGAUCCUCUGACGUACGGAACACAUUCUCUCAGUUACCCGCGUCGGUGCCAAAAGAGUUUCCAGCCGUCGUUGCUGGUAUUUGAUGGGCAGCCGGAGCUGCAAUCCACCGUCAAGAUGGUCCAGUCGCCGAUGUUAUCAUGUCCGCUGAAGCAGACCAACGAGAUCGACUGGGUACGUCCGCUCAAGGACUACAUCAGGACGGUCUACGGUGAUGAUCCGGACAGAUAUAACGAAGAGUGCGCAACGCUGAAUCGGUUGCGCCAGGACAUGAGAGGUGCAGGCAAGGAUAGCGCUGCUGGACGCGAUCUGCUGUAUCGAUACUACGGCCAGCUGGAACUACUGGAUCUCAGAUUUCCCAUCGAUGAGAAUCACAUCAAGAUCUCGUUCACAUGGUACGACGCUUUUACGCACAAAGCCAUCUCCCAAUACUCUCUCGCCUAUGAAAAGGCUUCCAUCAUCUUCAACAUUUCAGCUGUCCUGUCCUGCCAUGGCGCCAACCAGAACCGUGCUGAGGAUGCGGGCCUCAAGACCGCCUACCAUUCCUUCCAAGCCUCUGCGGGUAUGUUCACCUACAUCAACGAGAACUUCCUACAUGCGCCGUCAACGGAUUUGAGUCGAGAAACCGUGAAGACGUUGAUCAACAUAACCCUGGCUCAAGGGCAGGAAGUCUUUCUGGAAAAGCAGAUUGUGGACGGCAAGAAACAUGGCUUUCUGGCCAAGCUGGCCAGCCAAGCGGCAUACCUUUAUACCCAAGCAUCAGAAACAGUCACGGACAAUGCCGGGAAAGGUGUUUUUGAAAAGGUCUGGUCCAUCGUGCUCCAAGCCAAAGCAUCCCACAUGUCAUCCGUUGCGUCUUACUAUCAAGCGCUGGCCGAUGCUGAGAGUGGAUCACACGGUGUCGCUAUCGCAAGACUUCAGCUGGCAGAGAAACAGUCGACCAGUGCUGUGAAUACCGCAAAAUCCUACCCGUCGUCUGUACCUGCCAACUCCAACUUGACGGUAGAGGCGGGGACCAGUCUCCAAACAAUCGUGAAACAGCAUCUAGUAACUGUACAAGAGAAGCUUUCUACGUUUAUCAAGGACAAUGACUUCAUCUACCAUCAGCCCGUGCCUAACGAAGCCGGCCUCUCCGUGGUCUCCAAGCUUCCGGCAGCCAAGGCGAUCCCAGUUAGUGAGCUCUACCAGGGCCAGGACAUCCAGCGGAUUAUCGGCCCGGACAUCUUCCAGAAGCUGGUUCCCAUGUCUGUGACCGAGUCGGCCAGUUUGUAUGAUGAAGAGAAGGCGAAGCUUAUCCGAGCAGAGACGGAGAAAGUGGAAACCGCAAACGGAGAGAUGGCCGCCAGCCUUGACUACUUGAAGUUGCCCGGUAGUCUCAACAUCUUGAAAGGCGGAACAGACCAGGGGAUGACGGUGGACGAGGAAUUUCGGAAUUGGUGCGAGGAGCUGGCUGGUCAUGAGCCGUUCUAUAAGGAGUUUGACGAGCUCCAGGGGCGCAAAUCUGAGAUUCUGGAUACAUUGGCAUCCUGCACCAAACAGCUAGAUCUCGAGGAGAGCGUCUGCGAGAAAAUGCGUACCAAAUAUGGCGCGGACUGGACUCAGCAGCCCAGUUCCAGACUGACAGCCACUUUCCGCAAUGAUAUCCGAAGCUACCGUGACACGAUCAAUGAAGCCAGCACAAGUGACGCGCAACUUAUGGCCACCGCCAGGCAUUACGAGGCGGAUUUCGAGGAGAUUCGUUCUGCGGUUGAGACUGAUGAGGUCGACGUGCUCUUCCAGCGCGCCAUGAUCAAGGCGGGCUCGAAACAAAAGGCCAAGAAUGGCCACAGCGGCUCCUACUCCGUAGCGUCGGAAGGAAGCUUGAUUGACGAUGUCGACGAAGGCGGUACAUCUGUAGCUGAGCAGAUUGCAAGGGUAGAAGAACUGUUGAAGAAGCUCAACCUCGUCAAAAGGGAGCGGGCGCAGGUCUUGAAGGAUCUGAAAGAAAAGGUUCACAAUGAUGACAUCUCCAAUGUCCUGAUUCUGAACAAGAAGUCGAUAGUCAACCAAGAAAACCAGCUCUUCCAGGCCGAGCUCGAGAAGUUCAGGCCUCACCAGAACAGAUUGCUCCAGGCGAAUCACAAGCAGGCAUCCCUGAUGAAGGAGUUGACCAAGACAUAUAGCGAACUCCUUCAAGACAAGCGUGUCCGGGCGGAGCAGUCAAAGUAUGAAAGUAUCACUCGUCAGCGCAAUACGGUCAUGGCACGAUACAAGAAGGUGUACGACGCUUUCAACGGGCUACUUUCCGGACUGGUGCAGGCGCAGACAUUCUAUUCGGAGAUGGGAGAUACUGUGGACAACCUCAGAAAGAAUGUCGAUACGUUCGUCAACAACCGACGAGCCGAAGGUGCGCAGCUUCUCAACCAGAUCGAACGCGAGAAGGCUAGUGGUGCAUCUGGCAGUGAGGAUCGCGAGAGAGAAAAGUUAAGACAGCUCAUGGAGCGCCUAUCCACAGAUCCGUCCCCAUCAUCUUCGUCUCCAAAGUCAAGACCUGCUGUUCCCUCAAAGACUCCUUCCAGUGGAGGCACCAGAUCCCCUACAGUGUCACCACAUUACCCUCCGACCGCUCCCCUUCAACACAUCCCGCCCUCCCAGUCACCGGCGCCGUACGGGCAAUACAUCUCUCCUACUGCGCCGGCACCCUAUAUCCCCGGUCAACCAUACCAACAGGGCGCGGCCAUCCCCCUCUCUGAAGGGUACAAUCCAAUGGCAUAUCCCUACCCAAGUCCCGUCUCCCCGCCGCCGAACCAGCAAUUCUUUUCACCAACAGCUACUCCGUAUAGCGGAUACCCCAGUGCCACCCCUGCACCGGCACCCUCACGCGCGCCGUACAUGCCGCAGGGCUACAUCCCACCUCCGCCGCCUCGCCGUCCAUCCACGACGACGUACCCGCCAUCCAGCGGUCCAUACCCUUCUGGACCGGGUGGCUACGCGCAAAAUCGACCUUACGGCGUGAGCCAGCACCACAAGGUACCGUCGCAAUCACAGACACCGCAGCCUCCCUCAUCGGGCGACCCAUGGGCUGGACUCAGCGCCUGGAAAUAAAGAGCAUGAACAAGCAAAGCAACAAUGCAAAGAUACGGAGAUAUGAUGGAAUGAGGAGAAUAAUCACAGAUACGAUGAAUUGGGUCGGCCUAGUUUCUUUUUAUUUUAUUUUAUUUUGAAUGUCUUCCUUCAACAUUUCUUCCUCAUCUCAUGCAUGGUGGUGCCUAUUUCUGAGAUAGAUAUUUUUUGCUUUGCUUCUUGUCGCUCGAGCGUGUAUAUGCGUGUAUUACGUGUGGAACUCGGACGCCGUACACUUAAGGUAUCAUGUUUAUACUCCCGAAUGCAACUUAUCCUUGCUUAUUCAUCGCUUGGACUGCUAUAGUUAUCUUGGUU